AUGGCUGAAAAUUAUUCAAGAGAGUUAAAAAGAUCGGAAUUAGGUCUUAAUUUGCACGAACAUCAAAUUCUUGGUAUAAAGCAAAUCCUUCAAUGGUACAGUGAAAAACACGGCGGAAUUAUUGCCGAUGAAAUGGGUUUGGGUAAAACAUGUCAAGCAAUUGGCGCUAUCGUUUGCUUAAUUAACGGUAACAAGACAGGACGGCAUAUGGUUAUUUGUCCGCUUUCGGUCCUUCAACAUUGGCAGAAUGAACUGUUCAGAUUUGGUCUUGGAAAACUUCGAAUUGUAACAUAUAUUGGAAAUGCUGAUGCAAGGAAAGUAAUUCGAAAAAAGUUAGAAACUUCCAAAGAUUGGAAUGUUUUAGUUACAACCUAUGAGAUGAUGAUAAGUGAUGCACACUAUUUUCACUGGACAUGGUCUUCAUUAUUUAUCGACGAAGCGCAUCGUUUAAAGUCAAGCAAAUCUCUCCUUCACCAAAUUGUUCGCAAGAUGUUUGUGGAAUUCAUGGUAUUGAUCACCGGAACACCUAUGCAAAAUAAUAUUAAUGAACUUUAUUCAUUACUCUCCUUGAUUGAUGCGAACAGGUUUUCGCUUCUUGGUGAAGAGGAAUUUGUUGCAAAAUAUCGCAGCACACGUGACACUGCUGCAGAUCUUCAGCAUGUACUUUCCAAAUAUCUUAUUCGUCGAACAAAACAGAUCUUGCGUAUCAAUAUUCCGGAUAGUUCAGAAGUUAUAAUAUACCAUGGAAUAACUGAAAUGCAGAAGAACAUGUAUCGUGCAAUACUGAGCAGAAAUUAUAAAUUCUUUGAAAAUAUGGAUGAUAACAAGACUCAGCAAACUGGCAACAGAAUGUCAUUACUUAAUGUGUUGAUGCAACUACGGAAAUGUGUCGCGCAUCCUUAUCUUUUCGAUGGUGUAGAAUCGGAACCGUUCAAGGAAGGUGAUCAUUUGUUUGAAGUAAGCGGGAAAUUCCUUCUGCUGGAUCGAUUGCUCACAUUUUUGUCAGCAAAAGAUCAUCGUGUACUUAUUUUUUCCCAAAUGACUCGUGUGCUUGAUAUUGUCCAGGAUUACUUGGUUUAUAAAGGGUACAAUUAUCGACGUUUGGACGGAAGUGUACGAGCUGAAGAGCGGUUCGCUGCAGUAAAUCGCUUUCAGGCAAAUUCAGAUAUAUUCUGUUUUCUGUUAUCAACUCGAGCUGGAGGCCUUGGAUUAAAUUUAACCGCUGGUGACACAGUGAUUUUUCUUGAUUCGGAUUUCAAUCCACAAAAUGACAUCCAAGCUGCAGCAAGGUGUCACCGAAUUGGACAAACGAAGCCUGUGAAAAUUAUACGUUUGAUUUCGCGUUACACGGUGGAAGAUAUGAUACAGUGUCGUGCAGCUCGGAAACUUCAAAUGACUCGAGAGAUUUUAGAGGAAAAUGAUGCUAGAAAAGAAUUAACAUUUGCGGAAAUUUCCGAUUUGAUGAUAAAAGGCUUGAAUCGGUUAAAUAACGACAAAAUUGAAGAACUAAAUAUGGAAGAAAUUGAAAAAUUGGUCGGUAAAACCGAUGAAAAUGGUCACUGGGUUCAUGAUGAAGAAAAACAAGUUAUGAAUUCUAAACCAAAAUCUAAGAAGGGAGAGAGUGAUAUACCGGAAAAUAUUUACAUCUUCGAAGGACAUGAUUAUAAGCAAGAUGUUGCAAUUCUGCAGGAUAUUUUAAGUGGAUCUAAAGCCGUGGAACCAGUUGGAGAUAUAUUGAUUAAGCAGACCGUACCAGUCAAAAGGCGAACACAUAGACCAAUAUCGAAAGAAGAAAUGGAGAAAAGAAUCAAAAAACGAAAAGAAACAUUAGAGCGGAAGAAAAGGUUAAGGGAAGAGAAAAUUGAAAGGAAAAGGAAGAAACGAGAUACGAGAAAUGCCACGAAAUGGGUUGAAAAUAAUUACAAAACUGGUUCUUUGCCUUUUCGAGAAUUACAUGAAGUUCAUCAUGGCGACAAUAGCACAGAUUUUGGACCUCAUUUCGUCUAUGGCAGUGUUACGGACACACUAAAAAUUUCCAGUGACAAUUCAGAUUGUGCGCUUAUCGUACAUGUUGUGGAUAAUAGUGGUUUGUUUGGUCGUGGAGGUGUUUUUGAUGCUCUUAGGAGAAAGAGUCAGCAAAUAGUAGACACGUACGAGUUAGCAGGCAAAAUGGGUGAUUUGCAUCUUGGUGAUGCACAUCUUAUUGAAGAUAUUGCUGAUGAGUUGCCCACAACUCUUCUCAAACAAGAUGAAGAAUUGAAGGAUAAUAACGAUAUUGAUGAAGCUGAGCAAUCGACAUCUGAAACUUUUCCUUCCAGGAGAAAGGUUUCUGUGGUACUGUUAGUAGCACAAAAUUGCCAUAGAAGAAAUAUAAUUAACCAAGAUAUUUUGGCAAAAUGUCUCAAAAAGCUCGCAUUUUAUGCGGUAAACUCAAGCGUCUCAAGUGUUCAUAUGCCACGAAUUGGUUAUGAUAAGCGAAAUAUUAGUUGAAAUUUACACCGCAAAAAAAAAGGCGGAAUGAACGAUGAAGCUGGAAGCGAUUUUGAAGAGAAGAAAGCGGAAAAUAUGGAACAAGAAAAAAAGAAAAAGAUUGCAGAUUAA